AAUUCUAUAUUAGUAAUGCAUUAUUUUUAUUAUAGACUUUACUUUUUAAGUUUGAUUUUUUAAUACUUGACAAGCUGUAAUUAGUGAAAGAUUGAACCUUUUUAAAUUCUUGAGUCAUACCAUUACUACUCUGCUGGUUAUGUUUAUGUUGCUCUACUUAAAUGCUCCAUUUCCCUCAUAGUUCUUCUUUCUAGUCACACACCUUUUGCCUGACCCUUUUUCAGUUCUUAGAGAGAAGGAGCAUAAGAGGAGGAAAAGAACAACAGACAACACAUAAUAUUGGUCAAGAAGAAUGAGAGACAACAAAGAUCAGGAUUUCUUUUCCCACAAAUUUCCCACAACCUCUCAGGUGGUGGAAGAGAUGAAGGAGCUGUGGGGCAUGGCUCUACCUAUCACAGCUAUGAAUAUGUUGGUGUUUGUGAGGGCAGUGGUUUCUGUUCUCUUCUUGGGUAGGCUUGGAAGCCUAGAGCUAGCAGGUGGUGCACUUUCCAUAGGCUUCACCAACAUAACAGGGUACUCUGUUCUUGUGGGUCUUGCAGCAGGCCUAGAACCUGUGUGCAGCCAAGCCUAUGGUAGCAAAAACUGGGACCUCCUCUCUCUUUCUCUCCAACGAAUGGUCCUAAUCCUUCUCAUGGCAAUCAUUCCCAUAAGUCUUCUCUGGCUGAACCUUGAGAGGAUCAUGCUGUUCAUGGGCCAAGACAGUGCCAUAACAGGAAUGGCAUCAAUCUACUGUUUCUACUCUCUACCAGACCUUUUAACAAACACCUUUCUCCAACCUUUAAGGGUUUUUUUAAGGUCCCAAAAGGUGACCAAACCUAUGAUGUAUUGCUCCCUUGUAGCAGUGUUGUUCCAUGUUCCACUGAACUACUUGUUGGUGGUGGUGAUGGAGCUGGGGGUGCCUGGGGUGGCCAUGGCUUCUGUGCUGACCAAUCUGAACAUGGUGGUGCUUAUAGCAGGGUAUAUGUGUGUGUGCAGGAAGAGGGAGAUGGUGUUGAAGUGGGGAUAUGGAGGGGGAGUGGUGGCUAGUUUGUGUUCUGGGUUGGGGCAGUUGAUGGAGUUUGCUGUGCCUAGUUGCCUUAUGAUAUGUUUAGAGUGGUGGUGGUACGAGAUUGUGACUGUGCUGGCUGGGUACUUGCCACGUCCAACACUGGCUGUGGCUGCCACUGGUAUUCUGAUUCAGACAACUAGCAUGAUGUACACUGUCCCCAUGGCACUUGCAGGGUGUGUUUCUGCCAGGGUAGGGAAUGAGCUUGGAGCUGGAAAACCAUACAAGGCAAAGCUAGCAGCAAUGGUUGCAUUAGGAUGUGCUUUUGUGAUAGGCUUCAUCAAUGUGACAUGGACUGUGAUAUUAGGUCAAAGAUGGGCCGGGCUUUUCACCAAUGAUGAGCCAGUCAAAGCCUUGGUUGCCUCAGUGAUGCCAAUUAUGGGCCUGUGUGAGCUUGGGAACUACCCACAAACCACGGGCUGUGGGAUUUUGCGCGGCACAGCACGGCCCGGUGUGGGGGCCCAUAUAAACCUGGGCUCAUUCUACUUCGUGGGCACUCCGGUGGCAGUGGGCCUGGCAUUUUGGUUCAAGGUUGGGUUCAGUGGGCUUUGGUUUGGGCUUCUGUCUGCCCAGGUGGCAUGUGCAGUGUCAAUCAUGUAUGUUGUGUUGGUGAGGACUGAUUGGGAAGCUGAGGCCCUGAAGGCUGAAAAGCUCACAAGGGUGGAAAUGGGUAGUAUCAAUGGGCUUAGGAACAAGGAGAAUGAGAAAGAUGAGGAAAUGAGAGGGUUGUUGGGAAAUGGAAAUAGGAACAACAAAGAUGACAUUUGCUAAGAAAAAAGAAACCACACCACUGUUAAGGAUUGACAAGAGUUAUGACAUUGAGAUUUUGUUUGUUGGGAAGAUCAAAUGGGGUUGGAGGCUUGUCAAUGGUUCCUUUAUGAUAAUUUUGAGGAGGGCUUAUUUUGUUUUCAUUUGCUUGGAAAACUGAAUCUAAUCUUCUUUUAAUUAAUACCAAUUGUUACAUA